AAAGAUAUGCUCUGCCCCCGCCAGAGAGUCACGUAACACGCCGCAGCGAAACCUUCUGCUUCAACCAUCGGACAGGCAGCACAAGAAGCAUCACUCGCGAUUCAAGAGGAUAUCAUCUUCGCUUCACUUUUUUGUGCUCCCGUUGUACUGUAAUAUGGUAGGUGUGUCGUGCAGGCAGCUCCCCAUCAACCUAUCAUCUCUCGAGCAGGUUUAACGGGUCCCUGUGACAUCAGUGUCACGAGUCCACUGUCCUCGUUGAUGUGGUCCAGUCCAGACGUAGCAGCAUACAACAAAGAAGGCAAUGAUUCUCCAUCUCAGCCGCAACCUGAGCCGCGCUGCCCCUGUUCUUAGUCGCAGUGUUCACUCUGGCAUACGUCCCGCCUCCACCGCCGCAACCAAACUCAAGUCUGACCGCCAGCUAACCUCAGAGGAAAUCUACGCGCGCGAGGACAAGUAUGGAGCGCACAACUACCACCCUCUGCCUGUGGCCUUGGAGAAAGGGGAGGGCGUCAACGUGUGGGAUGUGGAUGGCAACCGGUAUUACGACUUCCUGAGUGCAUACAGUGCUGUAAACCAGGGCCACUGCCACCCAAAGAUCGUCGCUGCGCUCAACGCCCAGGCCUCCAAGCUUGCCCUGACUUCCAGAGCAUUCUACAACAAUGUGCUGGGAGCCUAUGCAGAGUACAUAACCAGCUUGUUUGGCUAUGAUAAAGUCCUACCCAUGAAUACAGGUGUUGAAGGUUGUGAGACAGCCUGCAAACUUGCCCGCAAGUGGGCUUACACUGUCAAGAGGGUUCCCAAAAACCAGGCCAAAAUCCUUUUUGCAGAUGGAAACUUCUGGGGUCGCACCAUGGCAGCCAUCUCCAGCUCAAAUGACCCCAGCAGUUAUGAAGGUUUUGGUCCCUACAUGCCGGGCUUUGAGCUUGUCCCAUACAAUGACAUUCCUUCACUGGAGAAAGCUCUUCAAGACCCAAAUGUUGCUGCUUUCAUGGUGGAGCCCAUCCAGGGAGAGGCUGGGGUGGUGGUGCCAGACCAAGGCUACCUGACUAAAGUCAGACAACUUUGCACCAAAUACAACGUGUUGUGGAUUGCCGAUGAGGUGCAGACAGGCUUGGCAAGGACUGGCCGGCGCCUGGCUGUUGACCACGAGGAAGUCCGUCCAGAUCUCGUGGUUCUGGGUAAAGCCCUUUCUGGAGGAGUUUACCCUGUUUCUGCUGUGCUGUGUGAUGAUGAGAUAAUGCUCACUAUCAAGCCGGGAGAACACGGGUCCACAUAUGGAGGUAACCCCUUGGCCUGUCAGGUCGCUAUCGCUGCACUUCAGGUGCUUGAGGAGGAGAAGCUCGCAGAGAAUGCUCAAAGGAUGGGAGAGCUGCUGCGGCGUGAGCUGAGAAAACUUCCCAAAGACAUUGUGACAACAGUCAGGGGGAAAGGCCUCCUAAACGCAGUCAUCAUCAAGGAGACCAAAGACUAUAACGCCUGGAAAGUGUGCUUACGCCUUCGUGACAAUGGACUGCUGGCUAAGCCCACCCAUGGUGACAUCAUCCGCUUGGCCCCUCCCCUCAUCAUUAAAGAGCACGAGCUGCACGAAUGCAUCGACAUCAUCCAGAGAACCAUCUUGUCCUUCUAAACUACAACC